AUGGCGAUUGUUUCCUCCUGCUUCGUUCUUGCCAUCAGCGUCUACGUCGCCCUUUACGGUCUCGAGUUUGACAACGGCAUCCUCCGCCGAUUCCAGAUCGAGUUUGAAGAUCCUAAGGUGAAUCGAACCGGCCAAAAGUUCUCGGAGGAAAGUCCCAUGUCCAUGCGUGUGACUAUUCCCAGAUCGACGAUGGAUCAUUCAAGCUCUGUUUUAAAAGACGACUUCUAUCGUCACUCAUGCCCCUCCGCCCAGAGAUUGAUUCGCAAGGAAAUUCGAAGAAUCUACCAUGCCAGACCUAGCAUAGCUCCGUCUCUCAUCCGCCUCCUCUUUCACGAUUGCUUUAUCGAGGGCUGUGAUGCAUCAGUCCUGUUAGACACGGAUGAAUCUCAAACUUCAUCUAAGUUAGUGGAAUUUUUCUUAGUCCUUCUGGACUCAGAUGGAUCGAUUACGUCUGAGAAAGAGGCAGCUCCGAACCUUUCAUUGAAAGGAUUUGAUGUGAUUGACACCAUUAAGUCUAUACUAGAGAACGUCUGUCCUGGAGUUGUUUCAUGCGCUGACAUCAUUGUUUUAGCUGCUCGAGAAUCGGUCAAAGUGGCUGGUGGUCCUCGAUACCAUCUGAAAACUGGAAGAAAAGAUAGUUUAUUGGCCUUCAAGGAUAAAGCAGAACUACAGCUUCCGUCACCACACGCUAAUCUCUCGGAAAUUCUUGCAAGCUUCUAUUCUAGAGGGUUUACCACCCGAGAAAUGGUGUGCUUGUCUGGAGCUCACAGCAUAGGCAUUACCCACUGCACAUUCUUUGAGGACCGGCUAUACAACUUCUCGGGAACUGGCAAGCCUGAUCCUGAACUCAAUACAGGGUUCCUCCAAGAACUGAAAACAAAGUGCCCCUUCUCUGGAUCAGCUGCAUCUCCUUCUCCAUCUCCGUGCCCUGGUUUAGCAGCGUCAUUACCUGCAUCCCAUAGUUUGAGCUCUGGAAAGAAGAAUGCUACUGGAGUGAUCGACUUAAGCUUCAACAAUGAAGGUGGAGAAGCUGAAUUUGGUGUACGCUACUACAAAAGACUGAUGCAGAAGAAAGGAGUACUAUUUUCUGACCAUCAACUCAUGGGAAGUGAAGAGAGCCUGCGAUGGGUCAGAGCAUACGCAUCUGAUCCACAGUUGUUCCGACAGGAUUUUGUGUCCUCAAUGGCGAAGCUAUCAAGCCAUGGUGUGUUAACGGGUGCGCUUGGAGAAGUUAGAAGGAGUUGCUCGAAGAGUUCACUAAAGAAAGAGCACACUGAGGGAAAUUAA